CUCGGCUAACUGUGGUCUUUCAUGUUCGCUCGCUCGUGCCUUUUCUGACCAUUUUGCGGGUGUGCAUCAUUUUUGCUGAACUUUUCCACGAACGGAUCCUUCGCGCUUUUUUCGUGUUAGCCCGUGAUCCCGCGUUUUUUGGAGGGUACGAGUCUGUACUCCAGAACAAGAGAGACUGCCCUGCAAUGCUGUCCAUCCAGUCGUGUUAUUUUCAACCACAGUCGGAAAUGUGUCAUUUGGUCUCUGCACUAUGUCUGCUUGGCACUUGCGCGUCCGUGUAGUACUGGUUUGUGCGGGACGCAACUGAGGUGUCUGGACACCUGGUGAAUUCGUGUAUGAAUCGUUUUCAGGGGCAUCGUCUGUUUCCAGUUCCGUCACUUAUCUUGCCAUCUGAAGGUCCGGGUAUGCCUCUCGAUGUGUUUUUUUCUUUUCCGUUUCACGGUAGCUGACACGUUUGUGCGUUCGCUCGCGACUUGUUCGCAAUGGGAAAUUCCCAGGGGAGCGGCCGCAGCCGCUCGUCCGACAGUCAUUCGGACGUCUCGCGCGGGAAAGACGAAUGGAUCGAACUCGAUCAAGACGAGGCGUGCCGGUUUGUGUCUUUAGAGGCUCCCAUCACUGACGCAGUGGAGUUUCCCUAUGACAACAAGCCCGAGCACGGCGCCUUUUUGAAUUCGCAGGGUCUUCGUAUCCAUACGUACUUGUGGUACCCUCAAGCGCCGCACAAAGGCCAAAAGAUGGGGAACCCUUGUCAGGCGCAAAAGCAAGAUCAAUCUGGGGGAAAUCAAGAGAGUGGCCUAGUUCAUAGCCUUCCGAGAACGUCGUGCGGCGGCCUUGGUCGAUCCUCUUCGUCUUCUGGCGCAUGCGACGCCUCUCUGAUGCCUCAUCGACACUCUUCGUGCUCGCCUACCAGAUCCGGUACGGCACUGAGCUCGGGAAUGACGGUGCCGGCCUCCUCUACUCCGGUAGACUUCCUCAGAGGGAAGGCGAAUGUUGCUCGGAGUGGAACUUGCGACCCUCCGUAUCCGUCCUCACCUGCCUCCCGCUCGCUUCUUACUCGGCAAAGUCGUCUCAUCAGCAGUGGGAGACGUGCUCUCACGUUAGACGCCCAUGGGGUGGUCUGUGGGAUAUCACCACGACCCGAACAGGCGCUUCUGGACAAAGCGGAAGCUGUUUGUGGCUGCCGAGGAGUUAUUGUGCUUCUCCAUGGUUACUGCAACCACUCUCGGCUUGCCUGGCUCUACAAGCCUCUGCCGCCUGGCCACAGACGUAGAGACCCGACGGUGGUGGGGUAUCAAACCGUCUUGGAAUCUUCUUCGUCAGUGUCGGCAACCGUCACGUUAAAUGGUUUGUUUAAACCUAUGGCGGAAGAGCCCACGGCGGACUCUUUUACUCUUUCCGGUGUCCCCACGAGGACGGAGAGUGGUGCAAAGACAGCGGAGGGAAGAGAGUCUCAGCUCAAACCUGAUCGACAGGGGCAAGCGGGGAACACCGCGAAUGCGCCGUCGACGACUGGAGAAGAACAAACCAGAAAGUGCCACCGAGCUGAUGGAAGCUCCGAAAUAAGUGGGCAAGAGCGCGCGUCUGUGUCAUGGCAUGCUCAGUACCAAGGGAGUUGGGUGGAGGCGCUAAACAAGGCAGGCUUUCUGGUCGCGGCCAUGGAUUUCCAGGGACACGGCCUCUCUGAGGGCUGGCAGGGGAAACGCGGGAGUGUCAACCGUCUGGAUGACUUCGCCGUUGAUGUCAUUCAGUUUAUCACUAUCAUUCGUCGCCGCUGCCAAUUCCUUCGUAGACUGUAUAAACACUGUAUGCACCAGGACGAUGAGUACUCAAACACUUUCGUGGGAGUCAAGAGCGGCGAGGAUCAGCGAAUAGAAUUCGAGCGACAAACGAAGAGCGAGCAGUCACGCCUCUGGAAGAGAGAAUGCCAGGUGGCACCGACCUGUAGUGAAACGCAAGAGAGCAGAACUGUGGUGGGCCAUGGCGGAGUUGAAGAGGAAGAACAUCCUCCAAUAUUUCUCGUAGGUGUUUCCUUAGGUGGCUGGGUAGCUGCAAGGACGAUCCAACUACUAGGCGAUUCCAGAGCUUUAGCUCCUCUCUCUUCAGUUUGUGACCCCAGUGAACCUCUUCCCCCGUUCCCCCGCAUCUUGAUGCAAACCGCAGCUGCUAGUACACGGCACAGUGGCGCCUCUUCUGUUCCGCCUCCCCUUCUCUUCAACAAUAAUUUCACGCCCUCGAUCUCAGCUUCUCUUGUCUCUCGGAAGCGACAGUCCUCUUCUUCUUCAACGACUCCUGGCGCUUCUUCGUCCGUUGACCAACCACUGGCGGCCCUUACCACUGGAGGUGUAGCUGGCUGCGUGCUUCUCUCACCGAUGUUGGAUCUCACUGUUGUGAAGACGACGACUAAGUAUCAUCUCUACCGACACUUGAUUGUCCGUUUAGCAGAUUGGACACCGAACGUCGUUGUAUCGCGGCCUCAUCAGAAUGCGGAAUAUCCAUACCUGGAGGCGUACUCGCAAAGGGAUAAGUAUACGUAUAAGGGCGGAUCGCGAAUGCGAAUGGUGAGAGAAAUGUUUGAAGGAACAGACGCGAUCCUCCAUCCAGACUGUCUGGCCCUCAUGUCUGACAGUACCUGCGGGGCACUGCUAGUCAUGCACAAUCUGCUCGAUGGUGUCUGUGGAGUAGAGGGAACUCUGCGGCUCUUUCAUGGUGCCAAGCGAAUCAGAGAUAGAAGCUUCCUCGCUGUGAAUGCGUAUGUGGACGGCACUUCUUCUAUUCAGUGCCUGACACCUGCGGAUCUCGUAAAUGGAACGACAGCGGCAGUUGUGGGAGGUGGAAAAAACGAUGCACUGCAUGCACUGGCCUCUACUCUCGCUAAAUGUGGAAGACCCGACGCGCUUCAGCCACUUCACAAGAUCAGAGAAGGUGACAGGGCGGCGGGAGGAAGUAUAGGUGACCGCGGGGAGACGCAGGCUGACGAGCCACGCGAACCGGCAGGUGUUGCAUCAGCAGAGUGUCGGUGUGUUCAGCAUACCCUGUCGGAGUGCACGUGCGAAGCAUUUGCAAGGGAGAGGACGCGCAGCAGGCAUCGUCCAGGCGCAGAGAAUAACAAUUCAGAGCCCGGCUCGGCAGUCGUGAAUAAAGACGCUGGCACAGAGAUUGUUCCUAAUCAAACUCCUUUUAAUGCACCGGCUGACAGAAUGUCGGAUCAGCGAGAGAGUAUGCAAAGGUCCAUUAAGGCGAUCGGGGACAGCACGUCUUCUGCCAUCAAGUGCCUUCCUUGUGAAGACGACGAAAAGCGUGUUUUACCGAGGAAUUUGUAUGUCGAAUGUAACGUAGAAGCGGUGCUCAUCGAUAAGGUGCGGGCGUAUGCAGAUCCGCAGCUGCAUGGAUUGGACGUAUACCAUUCCUUCCCGUCGGAACCCGAUGGCGGGAAAAUACUCGCUCGUGUUCUGCAGUGGCUUUUACAACGUGCAAGACUCUAGCCUGACCACAGAGGGCUGGGAGAAGUCUUGUGGCGCGAGGCCUCCGGAGUGGAAAUAUACGCUGGAGCAACAAGGAAUGCAAGCUUCGACGACGCACUUGAAUCUACCGGAUAACUCUCACAUUGGCUGCUUCGAAGAAGUACAUUAGAGGAACAGGAAAACGAAUGAGGUGUUUCCCGCCCUGUCGCCACCAGACGAGAGCGAGUGGCCAUGCCGAAAAAGACGCGCGUCAAGGAGGAUUACCUGCUGGCUGUGGACCGCACACGGGGGAUUCUGAAAGAUGGCCGUGCUCAACGGACGUGACAGAAUGAACUAGGCAAACAGACGGUAGAAGGAUGCUGUCAACAGUUGCAAGAGGUUCCCCCUUACGUUGCAUGCUGCUUGCCGGAGAAAGGAAGAAGAGCACGCGCUGAACUGACCCUGUCCACUUGAAGUUCGGGGACAGGCUGAUUCCAUUUGGUGGUUUGUACGCAAUGUUGCGUCGAGUACUCUCGAUUAGCAUCGUUCUAUUGUGGAAUUACCUCGCCUAGAGUGACCACUUCGCUUGCAAUUUUGUGGGGUCAUGCAGUUGACAGGGGGCGGGGGGCUGCACGAACGGAAACGGUAUCACGCAGUGAUGGCUACAUGGACCGCGGGGAAUUCGAUGUUGCUGGAUGUUACUAUUCGUCGUUGUGGCUGCCUCCGAAUGAUAUAUGUAUAUAUAUAUAUAUAUAUGAGUGGCUGAUGCCGGUCACUUUUGAUUGCCCCUCGUAUUUGAACCCCCUUUCGGGUCGCUGGGAGAAUGCUUUUCUUCUGGGCCGGUCUGGUGUAGCGAAUGCGGAUUGCACACAGCGGAAAUUGGGGCCGCAAACGCCGUUAAGCUUGCUAUCCGAAGCGUAUUUACUACAGGAGGGGUUUUGUCUUUUUUAUUACUGGUGAGGUAACUUCCCACGCGACGUAUCACCCAAGGUUGUCUUUAUGGACAGAACUGUCUUGCACGUGAACCCAUCGGUGGUUCCAGCUGUUGUGUUUUCCAGGAAGGGGAGUGCAACCUUUUACUGCGAGAAUGGCAGUAUGUUUUAUAGCGCCCGCAGCCUUUAAUUCACUUUUCAAUCCGUGGUGUAUGGCCUGUCACUGCAGAUAUGUGUGUUUCUGUCUCGGGCAUUCUGCAUAAACUGUCCGCACCAAAGGCACUGAGCACGUGUGUGCCUGUCUUUGUAAGUGUGCGUUUGCGUACACUUGUGACACACGUGUAGAGGUUUGUGAAAGCAAUAUUGUUAGCACCACAAUAUAAGACGGUUUGUCAUCACCAAGAACA